GUAGUCUCAGCACACACACACUGCUUGUACCAAAACUAGAUAGCACACCGAUAAUACGUCUUUUAUUAUUUUGUGUAUUUUUUGGCGCAGUUUUUCUCGAGUGUCCCGUUUCGGCCGCAUUCACACAAAUGUGUAUUUUGGGGUGAAAUAUGAACCUCGCUCUGCUUUGUGUACACAUUUUAUCAAACGUACAGUAGUUAAGUGGCCGCUGAGGCAGCCGUUGGAGGACGUCUGUCUGUAUGUAUGCUAGCGCAAAUUAGCCUGUCUCUAGCUAACUAGGGCAGCGAGAUGCACGCGGUGUGAGAGCGGUCAGUGGGUUUAGUUGACUAAUUAAUUAACCCGUACGCUCGGUUUUGUUGUCAAUAUUCAGGUUUAAGGUCAGUUAGCCCUCACUCUUCGCCGCCGCCACCACCUCCUCCUCCUCCCCUCUCUCUCCCAUUCUCCGUCUACGUCUCUCCGCCGCUGCCGUUCAGCGCCUCGCUGCUGUCUCUUUACGUCCUUUUCUCAGUGAGCGGUGAAACUCCACAGAGUAGCCCCGCAGCCUCAGCCACGCUAACUGAGAAAAAGAGGGGGUCUUAAAUCCAACUUUACCGCCAGUUUGCGAGCGCGUCCCGACCGAGCACGCUUUUGUUAGCAUCAGUGAGUCACACACUCGCGGUAGGAACUUGAAAUAUGACGAUAAUCAAAAUGGGAGGAAAGUCGUCGCUAGCUUGCUGAAGUUGGAGGUUCUCUCCUUGUGGAAGAGGAAGAGGUGGCGGCGGACACCACGAGUUCACUCUCACAAUAAAAGGAGUGAGCUCAGCCUUCCAUCAUACCUCCUCCCUUUCAGUGGGCUAAGAUGAGUAUUACCAGUGACGAAGUGAACUUCUUGGUCUACAGAUACCUCCAAGAGUCAGGUUUUUCCCACUCAGCAUUCACCUUUGGCAUUGAGAGCCACAUUAGCCAAUCUAACAUCAAUGGAACACUAGUGCCCCCUGCAGCCCUCAUCUCCAUCCUGCAGAAAGGGCUUCAGUAUGUGGAGGCAGAAAUCAGCAUUAAUGAGGAUGGCACAGUCUUUGAUGGUCGACCGAUUGAGUCGCUGUCGCUCAUUGACGCAGUGAUGCCAGACGUGGUGCAGACGCGGCAGCAGGCCUUCCGUGACAAGCUAGCACAACAGCAGGCUGCCUGUACCAUAGCAGCUUCAACCUCGGGAAACCAGUCAAAUGCACCAAAGAAUGGAGAACCCACUGUCAAUGGGGAAGAGAACGGUACUCACAACAUGAAUAACCACAGUGAGCCAAUGGAGAUGGAUGUAGAUGUUGAGAUUCCAGCCAGUAAAGCCACAGUGCUGCGAGGCCACGAGUCUGAGGUGUUCAUCUGUGCCUGGAACCCUGUCAGCGAUCUGUUGGCCUCGGGCUCGGGGGACUCCACUGCCAGGAUCUGGAACCUGAACGAGAAUAAUAACUCCAACUCCACCCAACUGGUGCUGCGCCACUGUAUCCGAGAAGGUGGUCAGGACGUCCCCAGCAACAAAGACGUCACCUCACUAGACUGGAAUAGCGAUGGGACUCUCCUGGCAACGGGCUCGUAUGAUGGAUUUGCCCGGAUAUGGACAAAAGAUGGAAAUCUGGCAAGCACCUUGGGGCAGCACAAAGGGCCCAUAUUUGCACUCAAGUGGAACAAGAAGGGGAACUGUAUUCUCAGCGCUGGCGUAGAUAAGACGACAAUCAUUUGGGAUGCACACACGGGAGAGGCCAAGCAGCAGUUUCCUUUUCACUCAGCCCCAGCACUGGAUGUCGACUGGCAGAACAACACCACGUUUGCCUCCUGCAGCACAGACAUGUGCAUCCACGUAUGUCGCCUUGGCAGCGACCGGCCCCUCAAGACCUUCCAGGGUCACACGAAUGAAGUUAAUGCCAUUAAGUGGGAUCCAUCAGGUAUGCUGCUUGCCUCCUGCUCAGAUGACAUGACCUUAAAGAUUUGGAGUAUGAAGCAGGAGUCCUGUGUCCAUGACCUCCAGGCUCAUAGCAAAGAAAUCUACACUAUCAAAUGGAGCCCCACAGGCCCCAGCACAAGUAACCCCAACUCCAACAUCAUGCUUGCCAGUGCAUCUUUUGACUCGACAGUGCGGCUGUGGGAUGUUGAAAGAGGUGUUUGUAUUCAUACACUCACCAAGCACCAAGAACCUGUCUACAGCGUGGCCUUUAGCCCCGAUGGCAAACACCUAGCCAGCGGCUCCUUCGAUAAGUGUGUCCACAUUUGGAACACCACGACUGGAGCCUUAGUGCACAGCUACAGGGGUACGGGUGGUAUUUUUGAGGUGUGCUGGAACAGCACCGGGGACAAAGUUGGUGCCAGUGCAUCAGAUGGCUCGGUGUGUGUCCUUGAUCUCCGAAAAUAACUGACUUGAGACUUUGAUGAAUCCUGGAAUGUGCAGAAAUUGCCUUCUUCUGACAUCAGCAAACACACUGUCAUUGCUCAAGAAGGGCUGUAAAGGUGAACUGAAACAACCCUCACAGGAGUAAAACCAGAUGACUGCAGCGGCUCGACCACCAACUGAAUUCAGCGCACCUUACAGUCUGUUGAUGUGUGUUUGAUGAUAUAUGGACAUAAUAGAAGCUGGCUGAGAGAUCCCCAAGACUGGACACAACCUCCUGGGUGCAUCCAUGUAUUAAAAGGUUCCUAAUGAGGAGGUGCUGUCAUCCCCACGGACCACUGGUCCAGCUGUUACCGGGUUGUAGGGGUGGAAACACACACAAUGAGUUGAGUUAUAUUAAGAGAAAAGUGUUAAAGGCACACGGGUGUUUGGCUGUAACAGGCAACAGAUUGUCAAGGAGAGGUUGUGGAUUAAAAAUUCCUCUGAGGAAAUGUCACUUCAUGUCCAAAUGAACUGAGGUAACGUCAAUACUGAAGCACUGCUAUUGUCUGUGGACAGGGUGCUUAACUUCUACUCAGUGGAGAAUAGUUUGUUUCAAGAAACUUCUUGCUUUUUUUUGUCUAUUUUCCACAGAUGGACUUUUGAAAGUCAAACUGAAUGUGCCGCUACAAGGUAGUUCUUAGCUCAUUUUUAACAUCAGGUCAACAAAAGGAAAACAUGCCAAGAAAUAGUCCUAGCAUCCCAAAAUGACCUGCUCAGUUCACUUGAGAUUAGAAAACGUCAUUUUGUGGACAAGAUGUGAAAAGUGUGGUUUACAAAGAGAAUUUUCUCCCUUUCUGGAUGUAAAUUUAAAGAAUGUAAAGAUAUGUAAAUUAGAUUAAUACACAGACUUAUAUACUGUGUAUAUAUGUUUAUAUACAGUACACUUUAUUGCCAUCCUGUAGGGGCCAUCCUUCAGUGGCUAGAGCUGUCACAUCUUUGCUGUUAAUGCGUGACAAGACCACUUUUUAAAUGAAGUGCAUGUCUCGUCAGCUUCUUUUAAAACAUUCUCUCUGAACUUGGCCAAUCAUAUCCAAUGCAUCGAGCUUCUUCUUUUUUUUUUCCUACUGAGUCACAAAUGGCAUCCAGACAGUUGUGUUGAGCAACGUCGCUUUCCUCUAUUGGUCACAGAAAGCCAUGGAAGAAAUGUGGACGCCAUUACCUCCAUUCAGGGAAUUAUCUCAUCGACAAUAUGGGAGUUAGCAGUCAUCAGUCUCCUGCUUGGUCUACGGUUUUAAGUCCGUUUAUGAAGCAGGAGAUCACAGAACCAACUAAGAGUAUCGUGCAGAUCUAAGCGAGGAUGGUUACUGCAGCUUGAUGAGCAUUACCAUGGUUCCUCUUUGGCACUUUCCUCUGAUCAGUCUACUGAAAAUUCAGAUCACAUUUUGACCAGAAGGUGGAGUUCAUGCAAAAGUCCUGCUGUUGCUUUAAAAAAGGAAGAAAAAAAAGAAUAAAAAAAGGAGCUACAAUCGGUCUUAAUGUUGCCAGCUGAUCAGCUUUGGUCAGAUCUGAAAUGCCUGCGUUGUGGGCUGGGCUUCAACAGUGUGCAGUAUGUUUGCCUGUUUCUGCUUACUGGGAUCUAAAGUUAAAGACAGUAGCUUCAAACUAACCUGCCACCACUUUGAUUUGCCUUUUUUUCUUUCUCUGGUCCCUUUCACUUUUAGUAUAUUUCUGCUAAGGCAACAUGAAGUGCACUUUUUGUAUUGAUGGAUUCAGCAAAUGUUCAGAUUUUGCUGAAAGUGAAGGUCCAAUGUUUUAUUUUUGUCUUUUUUUCUCUCUCUUUUUAAUGUCACAAUUGGAUGCUAAUGGGUGUUUCAUUAUUUUUGGACUUCUUUUUCUUUUCGCUGAGAGCCAUUAUCGUCUGUGUCAGACUGACAUGUGGGCUGUGGGUCGGUGGCCAUUCUUGGCAUGCUAUGGAGCCCAAUAUGGAAUAAGUGCUGUGACAGCUACUAUCUCUCUUGCGCCCUGAUCCAGGGUGCUGUCACCUGUUUCCAAGAUAAACUGUUGAAGUCAUUCAGUGUCUCAAAUAAAUUACUCUAUUUUGAUAUCAGAAAACAA